AUGAAGUGGGCUUUUCUCCUUGUUCUUAUUGUAGUCAAUUCUUCCAACGGUGGAUUCAUCCCCUUCAAACGAAUCCGGCCCAGCGAAAGCCCUGAUGUCGGAAGGAAUGUGGUAAGUGAUCUCUCACUCUGUUGGUUUUUACAUUGCAUUGGACUAGAAUUUCGUUUGCGGAAUUAAUGGUGUAUGUGGGACAAUUCCUUCGAGAUUAAACUGUACAUGUUGCUAACACUGGGUGCAUUGAAAUGUACUCUUUACGUCGAUGGGCCAACAAUUUUUUCACGCCGUUCCUGGAAGACACACGCAAUCUGUCCUUAUAAAUCUUUCAGUUUUUCUCUAAUAAAAUGAACGCAGCGGCGUUCCAUUGUAUCUUUCAGCAAAACACUGAUAGACACUGAAUGAGUAUAUAAUGAAAUAUCUGCUAGAAUUCAACAUACUAUUGUGUAAGAAUCACAUGAUUUGUUGACACCGAUGCAUACUGUGAUGAGUGUGGCGCAACAUAUCAUACUCGAAGCAUUACGCAGCAUUAAACAUUACGUAUUGCAAUUCUUUUAAUACUCCAUAGGCCGCACAGAAUCAGUUAAAAGAAGUCGAUUUACAAGACAAGGAUUUUUGUUUUUAUUCCCAUCUUUUCGGUUACGUAACUAUAUUAAAGAGGGAGUUGAAGUGGUUAUCCUGCUGAAUGGCUGCGUGACUAAGAGAACUGAGGUGCGCGUACCUGAACCUCCCUCAUCCCCGCCCACUUCAAUCCUUUUGAUCUUGAAUACGUCCGUACUCCGUACCCGCCACAUGGAUCCGAAAACAAAAGACUUGUCAGGCAGUAGCUCAAGGCGAAAAUGUUGAUAAGACAUUUUAUUCUGAUUUUUAUAUCACUGAGCUUCUUUGGUGAAGCGCUUCUCUCUUGCUCUUCGAAUUGCCAUCGCUAAAAACUGUAUUAUAAUGCGUGCAUGAACUAAACAGCUUGUGAAUUAAUUCAAGCUCUUGUUUUUACAAUUGCUUCAUACCCGCGGUAAAGUAAACAAAUAGAAGGUAAGGUCGGAUUUGCAACUUGAACUGAGGUCGGAAAUAACAUCCAAGAUUAGUCACAUCCGUGGCGUCCACUCAUAGAAUUGGCUACUUGCCCUUGUGUCUGUUUUUUUUUUUUUUUUUUUUUUUUUUCAGAGAAUUAUUCCUUGAUCAUCUCCAUUCUCUUCACCCUGCGAACAGAGCCUCCUUCUGUCUUCCUUUUGAUCGCGGACCAGAAAAGGUCUUUUGUUGAAAUGAUGCCAUUUCAGCCCCAUUUAUUCAAAACCCAGAUCAUAUUUUCCUUUUCUUAGCUGCGUGAAAAAUAUCUCUGACUUUGAUGAUGUCUUCGGUAACGACAAAACCCUACUGAGUCACCGUGUCACUUACAUUCCUGUUUACAGUUGGACUACGCGCAAUCGAACGACUGGUCAAGAAAAUUUUCAUUCUUUUUCAAUAGAGUUGUAAGGAAAUAACACAUCUUUUUUUAAGACUGCAAAUAGUCUUUUAUUUCUCUUUUCAGAGUCACUGGACUAAAACUUGGCGUACUAAACUCUCGAAAAUUUUGAAUGCAAACAAAGGUUAAUAGCAAGGUCCCUUUUACAUUCCAAUUUAGGACUACGUUUUGAGAGUCCAUCAUUCACGCUGGUACAAAGCAAACAGAAUCAGGUCUCUACCUUUCCCUAGGCCUUAUUAGAUUUCAACCUUGACAGAAAUGGUAUUUUAAAAAAAUGGUAAGCACCUCAAAAACUAGCCUGAGAAGACAGCCGACAUUUCGAGAUGCCACCACUGGUUUCCCCGCAAAAUGACGUCGGAGAAACGAGUACAGAAAUUCCAUACCGAUGACGUGUGGGUACUGAUAGUGUUUCUGGUUGGUUGAAAAUACGUUUCAUCGAGUCACAAGCACACCUUGGCUCCAGAGGUCCGUUCUAAACCGUGAUUUCAAUACGGUUGAUGAAGCUCCCGAGACGAACCUCUUGUCACACAAGCAAGCAACCUCAUUUCCAUGCGAGAAAUCAGUUCAGAUUUCUGAACUGGGUCGCCGAUUGGUUGCUCCCACGUCCGAAGGGAGUGUACGAUAUAACAGUGAACUUGAUUACCGUUAUCGAAGAACUUCACCGCAUGAGAUUGAAAAGCGGUUUCGAUGUUUAUAACAAACGGAGAACGAUCAGGAAUUAGAUCAGAAAAAAAUUGCCUCUUGAACCCUGUCCAGUUAUUAUUCCAGCCAGCGAGAUUUCAAAUAACGACGCAUGGAGCGAUUUUGCAGAGAAAAACAAGAGGCCUUUCGCUCGCGGUCUACCGGCAGAUCUGGGUAGCUGGGUAGCCACAUGAGAUCAGUAUGGAAUUUCUGCUCUCGUUCCUCAGACAUUUCGAAUUCUUUGCCUCAUCUGAAGCACAUACAACACCUUUUUCUCGACGCGUCAGAUUCCGGCUCUCAUAUUAAGUUUGUCUUUUUCACUAGACUCAGAUAAUCGCUAGCAGAGGAUAUGAUUGUGAAGAACACCAGGUAACAACAUCAGAUGGCUUCAUUCUUGCCAUGCAGCGGAUUCCACGCGGACGAGGAGAAAAGAAGAGUUCUGUAGCAAAAGAAGUCGUCUUUCUGCAGCAUGGAAUUCUUGCAGACUCUACAAACUGGGUGAUGGACUCGCCAACAGAGAGCCUUGCAUACAUACUUGCAGAUAAAGGUUUUGAUGUAUGGCUUGGAAACAUCCGGGGAAAUGACUAUUCAAGACGUCACGUGAAAUAUAAACCAAGCCAAUCAGUUUUCUGGAAUUGGAGGUGAGCUUGUUUUGUUCAGGUAGGUUAGAGCGCCUAUCCAGAGACAAAAUAGGCUCGAACCACACGUCGAGAACUCAGACACAGUUAGAAAAGAUCCCCACGGAUAACUAAGAGAAAGCGCGAUUAGUUUCAAAGUGCUUAUGAGUACAUGUAUCAUUCAUUAAUAAAAUCCUGGUCUAUUACCAAUGCUGCGUUCUGAUUGGUUGAACUACUUCUAGGCUAUAGCCCAUUAGUAGCUAAAAGUGGCGGCUUGGAAAACCAAAAUCGCGUUUUUGCUAGCUAAGGUUGUUUUGUCUCGAUAUUUUAGACCAACUAGUUGGAUUUUACUAAAACAAUUAUUCCUCGAGCCCUCAUCUCCUCUGAGUCAAUAGCCCAUUCGGGCUCGAGGAAUAAUUGUUAAUUAUUUGAGUGACGCAAUAGGUUUGAACCCCGCAUCGAGAACUCAGACACAGUUAUAAAAGACCCUCAAAUGCAUAGAUAAAGAGAGAGCGAGAUUCAUUUCAAAGUACGUAUGACCUGCUAUAGCAACGGUAGAAAUUGUGGUGGUACUUGUAUUCACGUCCAGCUGAAAAGUGACCCUUUAAGGUAAUUCCCUAGUUUUGCACUGUGUAUGACCUAGUGUGUAUACCAUUGCAACUUCAGAGGGAGCGGUGAUUUCACCGGUCACCUAAAAAGAGGUGAUUAUGGCCCCUUUCGUAGCCCAAAUGCUUUUAAUAGCGAUUUUGAUAAUUCUACCCAGCUAAAAAGGUGUUUUUCUUGAAACUCUUCCCUGUUCCUUCAAACAAAAUGAGCAUUUGAAGUUUGCAAUGAAACGAGUACGGUGACCCCUCCUUCUUUAUUUGUGUUUUGUAUUCGUUAUGGCUACACCAAAAAUAUAUGUUAAGGAGAAAAAAAUCUGGAUAGUAGGAGCUGUAUUUUUUUAGACAUUCAUAUCUAAAAAAUGUAACUUCUACUAUCCAGAUUAAGAGCCAGUAUUAAGAGCCAUAGAGAAGAAGGAGAUAAUGUCAAAACAGUACAUGUCUCUACAUUUUUUCAAGAUCAGGUAAUUUGAGGUUACUUAACUGAAAUAAAUAAAGCCCAGACAAACAAGCCUGCUUAAGGUCUCAGUUUUUUUCCAUAAAAUAACAAAUUUUGUCGAUUGUUUCAGUUUCGAACAUUUCGCUCUUAACUAGGAAAAAGCACUCAGAAUUACGGGCAUACAGGGCGAAAACAAGCACGGUGAACCCAUCUUUUUAUGGCAGUUUUUGAAUGUACUAUAUAUGGCUGGCAUUUGUGCCAAGUUAAAAAAAAAAUCAGGUUGUUCAUCAUUUUCAAGGGAAUUACCUUAAACAAUGUCAAAAACUGAAUAGUUUGAACUUUUUAAUAUCGGAAGUUUUUACUUGACAAGUGGUGUAUUUUUUGACUUAACGUUUGCCAAGCGGUACCGUUCCUUCCCUUAGUUCACGUUUGGUAAUAUCAAAUUUCUACAAUAGCUAUGCUAUGCAAAUGUCUAAAAUGGCUGUGCUAACUUUUUACCUUUUUAGAUUGCUUCUCUACUUGCACUUAUAAUGUUUACAUAUUUUUAUGCCCUUUUUUUUCUUCAGCUGGCAAGAAAUGGCUGAUUACGAUCUGCCAGCCAUGAUAAACUACGUCCUGAACGUCACUGGGCAAGAGCAGUUGUUUUACGUGGGCCAUUCACAAGGAACACUGAUCGCGUUUACUGGAUUUUCUGACAACCCCGCUCUAGGAAACAAAAUCAAGGCCUUCAUCGCUUUAGCUCCUGUGUACACUUUAAAUAAUGCUACAGAGAUCGCAAAGGAAGGAGCUGACAUUUUGUAUCCACUUGUCAAGGUAAACUAUGGCUAAAUAGCACUAACUCGUUUUCAGCGCAGCCGAGUGUUCAACACUGAAGGCUCUCAAUCAGGAAUUUCUUUGUUAGGAACAGCAGCUGAAUUUGUUUAUCGGUAGUCCCGAGUACAGCUUCCGGUUCGACGGACAUCAGGUAGAAAUUGUGUUCUAUUUUUAAGCAAUUUCCAGUCUAAUCUAACUUCUACAACGUUUCUGAACACAGAUGCUCUCAGAUUUGUUUCAUUAAUAAAUAAGUAGUGUCUUUAUAGCUUGUAAGUCUAUUGUCGGCUCAGUCUUUCUGAAUUGUUUGUAUCCGUCCUGCAAAAAGUCUCUCUUGGUAAUGCAAAGCAUUAGCCGUACCAGCACAGCCAUCAUCCCUGUAAUGUUCUCUUUAUUAAAUGUGGAACCACUACACAACGACAACGGCCACUUAAUUGCCCCCUUACUCCCAAAAUAACCUCUCCACAGUGGGCUUCAAGAAGCGAGCGAUAAAAAAAACUGAUGAACUACUCACUGUAUGUUACUCGCUUUUGUCCCCAGGGUGGCUUUUGUGAAGAGAUGUUGUUGGGGACAUACGAUAAAACGUUCUUUUUUCACUUCUGUUUUUCAGAAACUUUUCCCUGGUCUUACCUUUGACUUACUCCCUGGUGAUUUUUUGAGAUCACUUAUCAAGCUAGGCUUCUGUGCAAACCCCAUCUCAGAGAAAGUUUGUUACGACUUCAUGGAGUUAGUGAUCGGCAUGGACAGCAAGAAUAUUGAUGAGGUUUGUUGGGAGUCGAUAGUUCCACCUCCCUACAAAAAGAAGCUAUAAAAUAUGGAUGUAUUGGGGAUAAGUCAUUCCCUUAGUGCGAAUUUCAUGUGGCUUCCUUUUUGUGUGUAUAAAAAUGCAUGAUGAUCUGAGUGAGCAUGAAUAAUAGCUGAACUGCAACGGAUACACUGUUAAAAAGAUUGUCCCGCUUCGUCAAAGCUCAUUAAAAAAAAAAAAGAAAUGGAUAUUCCAGUGGUUCAUUGUCCCCUGUUUCCUUCUCGGAUACGAUCUUUCAGGUUCAUUUUCUCCAGUCAACUCUUAUUUCGAUUUACUUGUUAUUAUUUUUUUAAAACAUGGUCUUAUUAUCGGCUCCUGUAAUAGCUGAUUAUUAUGUGAACUUAAUUCUAGUCAAGAGUGCCUGUCUACAUAGCGCAUUUUGCGGAAGGAACAUCUUUUAAAGACGUGGUGCAUUUUGGUCAGGUAUGUUUAUUAUUAACCAAAGAGGACAACUGACUGUUGAACUCGUAAUGUGAGUUUGCUGUGUUAAUUGCUGGAACCCCUUAUGUAUAAUAUGAAAAGUCUGGAUUCACGAUGCUAUAAAUGGAAAAUACUGCUGAGCAUCUUUUAGUUUGUUUAAUUAUGUCCAUAAGUAGAAAUCAAUUGUCAGUUUUGCAAAGUUACCAUGUAUCAAAAUAUAAAAGUUGCGUACAGCACGCUUUCGUUAGCUCACGGGCAAAUGUCUUGAUAACCUGUGUUCAACCGCCCCCUCCACCCAUAGGCUACUGUCGUGAUUACUUGUUUUUGUUUUUGUUGUUGUUGUUUUGACAUUUUCAUUUUUAUAAACAGGUAAUAGUCAACAAGAAGUGUCAAAAAUUUGAUUACGGGACAGCAGGAAAUAAACAGCAUUACCAUCAGGUCAGUAAAUAUGUGUUGUUCGAAUCACUCUCCAGUGUCACUGGUUUCUUUUUUCAACCAGUACAAGCUAACGAUAAACUCAAACAGACCAGACCGUCCAUUCCAUCUAAAGCGCGUUGACGGAAAAAUUUUACGUUAGGAUAGGUAGUUACGCAUGGUUCGACUGUAGUUUUGACUGCUCCAGGAAAUUAUAAACACUUCAUUAAAGACGUACAUACAUAAUUUAUUCUAGAUGCAUUAAAAUAUAUACAAGGUUUAAAGGUUGCACUAUAUGACGUCAUAACUGAUGACGUCACAUUUUUCUUAAAUUAAAGUUUGGAAUCGUUUUAAUUUAAAAUAGAGCGCGUCAAGAGAAGCUGAAAACCGAAAACAGUAUGUACAUACGAAAAAUACUGGAUGGGAUAUGACAUUUUGAAGAUGAAAAAAUUUAGAGUCAAUAAAUGGGACCCCCCUUCAGCAAUAAACCUAAAUUAGAUUGUCUUUUUGUCUUAAUAGUAAUGCAAUUGACAUUGCACAUUGGUUGUCUUGAAUGCAGAAAGUAGAAGGAAAAGAAAAUUACAAAAAAAGAUUUUCUGUUAUUCCUGGAACCAUAAAAGAAGAUUUGUGAAAUAAUAAAAGGUCACGUGACCAAUAAUUCCUUUGCCUUAUUAUCGUCCUGGAGGUGUCCUGGGGCCUGUUUCUCGAAAGUCCCGAUAAUAAACGGGCCCCUAAAGCUGUUGUUGUUUACAUGAAAGAUAGAAAUUUCAAUAGUUUUUUAUCUAGCAUGAUAAAACUAUCAGUUAAUGAAACGAAAUGGACUAUUUUGCUAGCCAGGACCCGCGCUCUUAUUCUUUUUAUUUCGAUUUGAAUAUUUGAUUUCGGGCCCGAAAAGUUAUCGGGACUUUGGAGAAACGGGCCCCUGAAAGCAAAAAUGGAAAAGUUUAAAACAAUACGAUUUUUACGGAAAGUAAGAAGCCCGUUUUUACCAAAAUACCAGCUCAGCUGGAAAAAACUGGAAAAAAAUACCAAGGACAUUACUUUUGCUUUACAUUGUCUUGUAACAUUCGACUAAGGAUAAAUAAGUUCUGUACACAUUCAAGUAAAUGGAUGUCCUUCUCCAGAUAAGGGCUCCAGACUGGUGCUGCGUAUUCUAAGAUUGGCAGUACGGAAGAUUUGUACAGCAUAGAAAUAUAUUUCAUCCGAAACCGUAGCUGCCUCAAUUAAGACAAUCUUGAUGAAAUUCUUUGUUCUUGUUGUCGAUUUUAAGUCAAAAAGUCUUAAAAGCCAGUACAUAGCGCCUAACACAAAUAAGCCUACAUAAACCGUGAUCAACUCUCUUCUCUCCCACAGGCCACCGCUCCAUUGUGUCACGUGAAAGACAUGCCCACUCCCACCCUUUUGUUCGUGGGAGCCCGCGAUGGUCUUGGUGACCCGGGUGACAAUGAGGCUUUGAAGCCGCAAAUCAAGAAUCUGGUGCAUUACGAAGUCAUUCCAGAGUGGAACCAUUUGGAUUUCUUGUAUGGAGUAGACGCACACAAACUGCUUUACCCCAGGCUUGUAAACAUCAUGAAGCAGUUUAGUAAGCGAUGAUUAAUACCACCCGAUGAGACGCUGUUCUUCUAUACUUUCCUCUUGUAUUCUUAUGCAGUUGAAAACUAAACCAGUUAUUAACCCUUUCAAAAUCAUUGCACGCUCUGCUUAUACUAUUGUUUGACAAAUUCUAAACAUUCUUUUGCACAUUUGUCCUGAGAAACACUUCGAAAAAAUAUAAAUGUAGCAUAAUUCGCUUUUUAGAAUCCGCUGGGUAAGCUGGUAUUGCGUUGGUUUGUCCCUGAGAGUCCCAACUGGUAUCUGCGUUCUCUGCGAUUGACUUCUAUUCGCCCGGAACUACACUCAUUUUUAAUAAGAAUGCUGUUUUUCCGGCCCGGGCUGAAUAAUUUUAGGUUGAAAAUAUGCUUACAUUAUUCUUAAAUAAUGUUUAAGAAAGAAUGAAUACAUUAUUUCCUUUGUGUUGUAUACUGUACAUAUAUAUUACAUGUACCGUUCAUCGAACCGUCCUUAGCAUUGAACAUUAAGCAAUGGUUAGUGCAGGUUGUUUCGUUUUGCUUGCUUGCUUUGCCGUUAAGAGAAAGGAAUGAUUUUUUACGGUUAAAAACAUAUAUAAUUGUAUUGUGCUUACAUAGAUUUUUAACACACAAAAUUAUAUCCUAUUCAAAAUCCCAGCCUCGAGUUUAUUCUUAAAAUGGUCUUAAAAUUUCGCAAAUUUCAGCCUAGAUAUUUUUAUAAACUGUAUUCUUAUAAAAAAAAGGAGUGUAGUCAAGUUAUAUAUAGAUACUAGAUAUGUCUGCUCUAGUGGAGUCAGGCCUGUAACCAAGAACGCUUAGUUUAUUCAUCUGACAUAAAAGUACGGUAUCUAUAGUGUUUGUGUAUAGCUAGUUUAAGGUAUAGACCGGAACAGUACUGUUUCGCAGUCUUAUUAAGACUAGAGUGAUCAUGAACACCUAAUUAAAAUAACCUAUUUAAGGAGGAUUGUAUAAUGCGGCGUAUAGCUUAACCUUGAAGGAUAACUUGUCAUUGGCAUUAAACAGUAAUUAAAGCUUUGCUUUCUCA